GGUGCCAGUAAAUGGGUGGGUGCCAGUGGGCGGUGCCACCCUACUGAUAAACACACAAUGCUGCUCACACAACUCAGCAAGGGAAGGGUUAAACUAAGGGUAAUAUAGGGAGGGGCAGAGUGAGGGUGUGAGAGGCAGAUUGUCCCACUCUCCCCUCUGUCACUGGGGCAGGAGGAGGCCAAAUGCAAACUGGGCCCGGAAUUACUGAUAUGCCGGAGUCGGACAUGGCCAGGCCGCUGCUGGAGAGGGAUCAUGGAGGUUCUGUUGGCCCCUGGGGGCCCAGUUCUGGGGGGACCGUUGGAAUAUUGGGCACCGGGGACUUUGCCCGCUCGCUGGCCACGUGCCUCCUGUGCUCGGGGUUCAAGGUGGUGGUUGGGAGCAGGAACCCAAAGCGCAAUGCGGGAAUCUUCCCCGCAGAGGCGGAGCUAAUGUCUCAGGAGGAGGCGGUGAAGAGGGCGGAGCUGCUGUUUGUGGCCCUGUACAAGGAACAUUACUGCACCCUGAGGAGCCUGGCGGGGCCCCUGGCACAUAAGAUCCUCAUUGACGUCAGCAACAACCAGGAAGUGAACACCAAGGGGGAAUCCAACGCCGAGUACCUGGCCUCCCUCUUCCCCCACAGCACCGUGGUCAAGGGCUUCAACGUGGUGUCGGCGUGGGCCCUCCAGUCUGGGCCCAAAGAUGGCAACAAGCAGGUUCUGCUCUGUUCCAAUUGCCCAGAGGCAAGGAGCCACGUGGCCGGUAUUGCCCGGAGCUUGGGCUUUACCCCCGUGGAUAUGGGAAGCCUGAGUUCCGCCCGGGAAAUCGAGAACAUUCCGCUGCGGCUCCUCCCCUUCUGGAAAGUUCCGCUGGUUCUGGCGCUCGGCCUCUUCCUGUUCUUCUACCUGUACAACUUUGUGCGGGCCGUGCUGCACCCCUACCUGAUAGAGAACCAGAACAAGUUCUACAAGAUGCCCCUGGAGCUGCUGAACAUCACCCUGCCCUGCGUCUCCUACGUCCUCCUGUCAUUGGUGUAUGUGCCGGGGGUCCUGGCCGCCUUCUACCAACUGCGCCGCGGCACCAAGUACCGGCGCUUCCCCCAUUGGCUGGAUCAGUGGCUGCUCCACAGGAAGCAGAUCGGAUUGGUCAGUUUCUUCUGCGCCUGCCUACACGCGCUCUAUAGCCUGAGCCUCCCCAUGCGCCGCUCCGCGCGCUACCUGCUCAUCAGCGACGCCGUCAAACAGGUAGGUGAAGGCGGGAGCGGGCGACGCGUGGGUGGAGGAGCAGGUUUGGCGCAUGGAGAUUUACGUAUCGUUUGGCAUCAUGGCGCUCGGGCUGCUCUCCCUAUUGGCCGUCACCUCCCUGCCCUCCGUCUCCAACUCACUCAACUGGAGAGAAUUCACCUUCAUCCAGUCCCAGCUGGGCCUGGGGGCGCUGCUCGUCAGCACGCUGCACACACUCGCCUUCGGAUGGAACCGGGCCUUCGACGGAAAGUUCUACAAGUUCUGCCUGCCCCCCACCUUCACCCUCACCCUGGUGGUGCCCAGCGCCAUUAUCCUGGCCCGAGUGGCCCUGCUCCUGCCCUGCGCCCACCGCAGGCUGAUGCGGAUCCGCAGGGGCUGGGAGAGGAGGAGCUCCGCCCAGAUCAUGACGCCCAAUCGCAUGGAGGAAGCGCCGGAAAGUUCCAGCACCCUGUAAGAAGGAGAUGCCCAUUGCCCCUGUGGGUUCAGCUAAGCCGUAUAUACUGUGUAUACCUCUCUCAGGGAAUGGGGGGCCCCACGCACAAACCUACAGGGGGGCUGCUGCCCCCAGUCCUGUAACACAGGCUUCUGCCCGAAACUCCUACUGGGUCCAACAUAUUGGGGUCUCUCAGGGGCACAGAACCGGAACCAAAGGCACUGGGACCAACCCCUGGUUCAGCCUGGUACUGUGAGUGCUGAUAGCCAGUAACUGCUGGGGGGCUCCCCAAACUGAACCCCCACAG